GCGUGAGGUCCAGCGCUACAAGAGAGAACCUCUAGAUCAAGCGGCAUAUCAAGCGGGUCUGAACAACAUUCAUGCAGACACGGUAGCAGACGCGUUAAUUGGCUACCGGGUGAAUGUAGUCCUUGGAGAACGACCACCACCCAUUGCACCCGAAGAAAUCGAUCUCCCCCGGCAAACCAGAGUGGUUCUGGCUCAAUUACGUUCCGGCAGAUGCAGCCGCCUCAAUUCCCACAGAGCUAGGAUUGAUGCCGACGUGCAAGAUGUAUGUCCCGAUUGUUACCAGGGACCGCACGAUACACGUCACCUGUUUAACUGCCCGGCCAGACCCACUCGACUCAGACCCAGAUCCCUGUGGACGCACCCCAUCUUAGUCGCGGAGUUCCUGGGUCUUGACACUCAACAGAAUCAAGCAGACGAAAGAUAGUACACAAUAAACUGCUACAACAACAACAACAACAAAAAAAUGCUCCUUUUAUGGGCUCAAUACUCUAUAUCGGGAGAUCGGUCUAUACGUCAGCUAUAUCCAAAUAUGGUCCGAUCUAGACCCCAUUUGACAGAAAUAGGUAGGGUUCUACAAGAACACACUGUGCCAAAUUUCAUUCGGGUAAUAAAUGGAUCUUUUAUGGCCUCAAUACCCUAUAUCGGUUGGUCGGUCUAUAGGGCAGCUAUGCCCAAAUAAAGUCCGAUCUGAAUCACAAUUCACAGAAAUACGUGUGAAUGUAGUCCUUGGAGAACGACCGCCUCCCAUUGCACCUGAAGAAAUCGACCUCCCCCGGCAAACCAAAGAAGUUCUGGCCCAAUUACGUUCUAGCAAAUGCAGCCGUCAAUUCCCACAGAGCUAGGACUGAUGCCGACGUGCAAGAUGUAACCAGGGACCGCACGAUACACGUCACCUGUUUAACUGCCCGGCCAGACCCACUCGACUCAGACCCGGAUCCCAGUGGACGCAGAGUUCCUGGGUCUUGACUCUCAACAGAAUCAAGCAGACGAAAGAUAGAACAUAAUAAACUGCUACAACAAAAUCAACCAAUGGGAAAGCUCCCUUAACCUCCCUUAAGUGGUCGCUGCAAUUUGGGUAGCUACAAUUUCCAGAGGCAUUAGAUGUAGCAUUAAAUUCAGUGCAUCAGAUGGCGUCGUCCUCAGUGCGGCUGUGAUGCACAAAGAAGCCAUCCUUUGGAUGCGGUUAAGUAUUGAACAGUAGGUGGACUUUUGAAGCGCCGUCCACCAGACCACAACACCAUAUAGCAUCAAUCCCAUGGCAGCCGGUUGUACGCACCCGAUUGACCCGAUGGAAUCCUCAUCGGCAAGGGCUGCCGUCUCAGUGUACGUGUUCGUCUUUUUUCGUCAUGGGGAGGCACAUCCCGGAGUGCCUUCUCCGUACGCUUCUGGUCCGUGCCGGGAUUGAAAAGAACCCCGGACCCUGGUUCUGUUCGGUUUUCCAGAACCGCCUUCAUCAUCGGUCGGUGUCGGUGAGGCGUAACCGGUGCAUGGAGUGGGUACAUUUCCGUUCUUGCUCUGGCCUAACUUCGCUACGGGAGUAUAGUCAUACUGGAUAUGUCGCUAGGUGCUGUGCGAACAUAGCCAGCAGUGGGUCACAAGCGUCGCCUUCGGCGUCCUCGUCGUCGGACUAUGUGACCCCCCCCCCCUCGACUCCCGUACGGCAAUUUAUCCAACGACAGCACCCUAGCCCUACUAUUGCCAGGCCAAUGCCGGGAAGUGCAUCGUUCUUGCAGUUAAACUGCAACGGACUGCGUGGCAAGAUUGAUGAGAUCGUAGAUUUUAUGACUCGGAAGAGCAUAUCGGUCGCAGCGAUCCAGGAGAUAAAGCUGACCAACACUUGCAGCUUGUACAGUUGUCACGGUUACAAUGUGCUACGUAAGGAUCGCUCAAGGAAUGGAGGUGGGGGAUUGGCCUUCGUUAUACACCAUUCCGUGCAGUAUAGACCUAUCUCGCCUGCGCUUGACGCUAGUGACCCAUACAUGGAAUGUAUGGAGGUAGCAGUCAGGUCUGGUACUGCCGAGAUAGAGAAAUACAACGUGUAUAUACCGCCGGUUGGUAGCUGUGUCCCGAUUAAUGGCCAGGCUUACAACCCCGACAUAAGUGGGUUGCUAUCUGGCCAUAAUCGUCUAGUUCUGGGGGAUUUUAAUGCACAUCACACGUCAUGGCAUUCUCCCCUAGGUAACGACCAGCGUGGCAGAGCUUUGGCAGAGCAAAUAGAUAGCUCCACGUUUUGCACGGUGAAUGAGGAUGCCCCCACUAGGAUUACGAGGAGGUGCAGCAGCGCGCCAGACAUCUCAAUUGCAUCCCCUGAUCUCCUGAGUGACGUAUACUGGCAAGCCGUCAUCUCUUUGGGGUCAGGCCACCUCCCCAUAAUUCUCACCAUCGACCGACCACCCGACUUCAUAACCUCUGAGCGCCGGACGUUUAUCAAUUAUAAGAAGGCCGAUUGGAGUGGCUUCAGAGAGUAUACCAAUCGCCGCUUCAGUGAACUGCCACCCCCCUCUGAUGUGCUUGUGGCCGAGAGGAAAUUCCGAGACAUCAUCAACGCAGCAGCCGCUCGCUUUAUACCAGCCGGUCGAAUACCACAAGUGCGACCCAAUUUCCCGGCGCAAGCAGUGGUACUCGCAGACGAGCGUGAUGGUAUUCGUGCUAUGGACCCAGCUAACCCCAGAAUCAGCGAGCUGAAUCUGGAAAUAAACAGGGUAGUCAACGAACAUAAGCGGAAUUUGUGGCUGGAACACUUGGAGCAAUGUAACUUGGCACCGGUGUAGGCAAACUAUGGGCCACUGUUAAGUCACUCUCGAACCCCGGUAGACGGGAUGACAGGACCUCAGUCACUUUUGGCGAGAUAACCGUGACUGAUCCGAAGAGAAGCGCCAGGUUGUUCAACCGUCAAUUUAUUGUGCAUCCCGCGAGAGACAGGACAAGGAGGAGAGCCAUUCGCCGUAUUCGUGGUCUCCGAGCCGAUGAACAGCCAUCACAAUUUACCGUGGACGAAGUUACGAAUGUCAUCCGUGGCGCCAAAUCUUCCAAGGCGUUGGGCCCCGACGGAAUCUCUACAUUGAUGCUGAAGAAUCUGGAUUCACCUGGAGUUGAGUACCUUACCACUGUCCUCAACCUGUCAUUGAACACUUUUAUAGUUCCCGAUGUCUGGAAAAUGGGCAGAGUGAUCCAGCUACUGAAGCCUGGAAAAGACCUGAGUUUGGGGGAGUCGUACAGACCGAUCUCCCUUCUCUCACCAGUGGCAAAGACGCUUGAGGCAUUACUCCUCCCGAGCCUCGUAGGAGAAUUUCCAUUCGCCGACCAUCAACAUUGAUUUCGGAGACUGCACAGCACAACAACAGCUUUGCAUGCCAUCACCACACACAUUUGCCGUGGCUUCAAUCAACCCAGGCCAUGUGAUAGGACGGUCCUCGUGGCACUGGACCUAUCGAAGGCAUUCGACACGGUCAGCCAUGCCAAAUUAUUUGAGGACAUCAGCCAUGCCAAAUUAUUUGAGGACACGUCCCUCCAGCCAGGACUGAAACGAUGGGUCGUGAAUUAUCUGUGUGGUCGCCAGUCAUUUGUGGAAUUUAGGGAUAAGGGAAUUUAGAGAUCGUAGCAUAUAAUUGAAAGAUGAAAAAAGGAUCAAUUUAAAAAAAGAGACGUGCAGAGUACAUUAGACGUCUUCAAGGAUCCGUAUGCAGUCCUCAUAGCACCACACUGAAUUCGAACCAUCAUUGUGCGUAAUACGUACUUUUGAAAUACUUGUAUGGAGCAAACGAAGUUUGCUAACCCUUUUUUCCUUUACCAAGCGUCUGCAAAUGUAGUUAAGUCGGUUUAAAGCUGGAGACAGGUGAUCAUUCAAGUCAACUCUGCUCGAUAUAUCACCACCAAUGACAUCAGACAGCCUCAGUUGUUUCGUUUCGAAAUAUUUAUCCAUAAUAUUGUCACGGACAAAUGCUGAAUUAAAUCUUACAAUGACAUUCUUUCCAUUAUUGUUGUAGUAGAUAUCGUUUAUGUCAGUCUUAGUUAAUGUAAUGUCAAAGACGCCACGAAUAGCAAUGACACAUUCCAUUACUUACUUACUUUUACUUUACUUUAAUUGGCUAUAACAGAAUAUUUGUUCCACUAGCGUAGAACGUAGAAUAGCGUUCCAAGCGCCACGAUCUUUUGCGCUCAUUCUAAAAUCUCUGACACCAAGUUUCGAGGUGUAUCUCAUCACUUGAUCUUACCAUCGGGAUUUUGGUCUUCCCGGUUUGCGUGUACCACCGUGUUUGCCUUCAAAAGACUUCUUUGUUGGGGCUUCUUCAUCCAUUUUGACACGUGUAACUAUGCUAUCUUCGUCAUACAGCUAGUGGUUCAUAGGUGGGUUCAUGGGUGGGGGGCAUCAGGCGCUCACUCGCUGGCAGCACUUGGGGUGCAGACAAAGAAACCUUGUUGACUACGUACAAAGCAAUUGGCCGGUCUGUGGUAAGUUAUGCAGCGCCAGUGUGACACGCCGUGGAAUAAUAUUCAGAUCUGUCAGAAUGCCGCCCUCCGAACUGCGACGGGCUGUCUCCUUAGUUCUCAUGUGGACCACCUCCAUCAGGAGACAAAGAUCCUACCAGUGCGAAGACAUAACUACAUGCUGUCUAAGCAAUACCUUUUGGGCUGUUAUCGCAGAAAUCAUCCAAAUCAUCAUCUUGUGGAUAGAUACUCACCGCCCUGAAGCCUUAAGGUAGAUCUACACGAUCUAGAGCGUGAGGUUCAGCGCUACAAGAGAGAACCUCUAGAUCAAGCGGCGUAUCAAGCGGGUCUGAACAACAUUCAUGCAGACACGGUAGCAGAUGCGUUAAUUGGCUACCGGGUGAAUGUAGUCCUUGGAGAACGACCGCCACCCAUUGCACCCGAAGAAAUCGACCUCCCCCGGCAAACCAGAGUAGUUCUGGCUCAAUUACGUUCCGGCAGAUGCAGCCGCCUCAAUUCCCACAGAGCUAGGAUUGAUGCCGACGUGCAAGAUGUAUGUCCCGAUUGUAAACAGGGACCGCACGAUACUCGUCACCUGUUUAACUGCCCGGGCAGACUCACUCGACUCAGACCCAGAUCCCUGUGGACGCACCCCAUCUUAGUCACGGAGUUCCUGGGUCUCCACACUCAACAGAAUCAAGCAGACGAAAGAUAGAACACAAUAAACUGCUACAACAACACCAACAACAAUGUGCGGAACGACACACUGAUCCAAUCCUUAAACCAGACCGGGUGGAUCCGAUCCUUCGAGACUGGAUAAACCAUAUGCUAAGGAACAGGAGGAAAAAUUGUGUGUCCAAUGGCAUAAAUAUAAGGAAGAAAGUGGCACAUUGGGCAUUUUAUUACCACUCCUAUGUAUGGCCACCAUAAAUGACCUAGUACGGAUGUUGACUGAGGAGGGAAUUGAACCCGUAUGCUACGCAGACAAUGUUAUAAUACUUCUAAGGGGUAAGGAUUCGAACCAGCUAUGCAGAAGGGCCGAAAGGGUCUUGCAUAUGGCAUAUGACUGGGCUAGACCCAGAGGUCUCAAUGUUAACCCAAAGAAGACUGAAAUAUGCCUGUUCACGAGGAAGAUGAAGGUGGGCCAAUUUAACGCACCUCGUUUCCUCAAAAAGACGAUUUCGUUAUCUGGCAAGGUCAAAUAAUUAGAUGUGAUCUUGGACAGGAAACUGAAAUGCAAAAAAAUUAAUAUAGUACCAGCCUUAAAGCUAAAAGCACGUGAAACAAAAAAAAAAUCAUUUUUUUACGCUAAUGACUUAAAAGAAGAACCCUUCUGCCGGUCAAGAUUUGUCGUUAGGAUAAGCAUAUAUUCGGAAAACCAAAUUCCUUUAACCAGAAGAAUAUCGAUACGAUAAAUUGUAACCGGAGAAUGACUUGGUACAAUUAGAAGGUAAAGUCAUAAGCCCAGCCGAUCAAAUUUUCCAAUUUCAGAGUUGUAUCCAAAUCCCACUAGAGUGUCAAAUGCUUUGUUUGGAUUUUAGAAGGUUUUUUACAUUUUGUUUCUUUUUUUUCACAUUUUUAUUGUUUGAAUUUAUAAUUUUCGUGUUUAUAAUCAUCUCUUUUGAUCAUGUAGCUGCUACAUAUGAUAAUGCAAAUAAAAACUAGAAUGUCAAUUUGACAGGGUACAAAAGAUUAACAGCCUAAUAGAAAUUUGCUUCACCAUCCCCACAGGGUUGUAUCGUUGAUUUCAUUGUUGUUGGGCUUAUGACUUUAUCUUCUAAUUGUACCAAGGGAGAAUGAGAAUCCCAGCCUAAAGCUGAGUAUUAUGUUCGUCUUUUCAACAGGGAUGUAUUCAAACUCCAUAUAAAAAAAGUUGGCAAAUGUUGGAGGAGCAAAAGUAGUACUCUGCUUAUAGUGAGAGAAAUGGCAUAAAAAUCAAAGUGGCAACACUUUAAACCAUUGCCAGCUUCAUUUUUUUUUUGUUUCAUUCGUUUUUCUUUAUUUAUUAGCCAAAGAAUAGAAACAAUAAGCGCAGACAAAAAAAAAACGUGUUUUGACGUUUUUGUAACCAAUUUUUUUUCUUCAACCACAUGUUUACUGAAUUACCGAAGUACAAAAUGAAAAUAUGAUUGUAUGGGAGAGAAGCAAGGUUUUUUUUUUGGGCAACCCAUAUGCGAACGUACGUGCAUGUGUACACACAAACGUAAGUGUGUGGACCAUUGUCAAAUUCAUAUAUCUUGUAAUUUCAAACAAAACCACCCCCUCAAAAUGAACGAAUAAUGAAACAAAAUUAUUU